CCGAGAGGAGGCGGGCGGGAGGCUAGGACCCGGCCCCCAUGCCCCCCCUCCGAGUCCUGCCCGUGAACCUUGACUGCAGCGUUCAGGUGUGUCAGCUGAUGAGGACUCGUUGCUUGGGCCCAUCUCAGCUGCAGAUGUUCACGCGGUGCCUGUCCGAGGCUCUCUCCCAGGACCUCAGCGCCAAGCCCACCCCUCCCCCCGAGCAGGCGCUGCCCCUCAACCUCAGCAAACGCUUCACACCGAAGAGACCCGCCACAGAAGGGCCAGAGCCGAGCCGGGCCGUCGUCAACGGGAACGCCGACCAGCUGCUGGCCAAGAGACCGAGGACCGGCUUCACGGAGCCGGCUGAGGAGACACGCUCCAGCUCCGCAGGAAGCGCAGCAGGAGGAGUGGCGGUGGUUGGAGGAGGAGGGCAGGUGGAGGUGGAGAUGAAGAACCAGGACGAACCCGCAGAUCUGAGCUCGCCCAGCAGGAUCAGGGCCUUCCUGCUCGGCCUGCCGCCCUUCCAGGUCAAACUGGAGGAGGAUCUGAACGGCGUGCGGUUCGGGAAGUUCGUCCCUAAAGUCGAGAGCGGAGAGGUGCCACUGAAAGAUGUGAAGGAGGAGGAAGAGGAGGAGGUGGCGGUGGAAAAGACGGAGGUGGAGGGGAGAGACCACGGAGACUGCUCCAGCCGCAGCGCCGCCAACGCUGACACGCAGUGUUUUUAACCCCCUCCGCUCUGAUUUGUUGGAAGAUGCUCAAUCCCGUCAGCGCCUGAACCCAUGGGAGCGCGGAGCUUUCGUUUCUCCAUCUUCACCAACUUUUCCUCUUCCUGUUAGAUUUUUUCCACUCACGCCGUCGGUCGAACUCUGCGGAGGAACGACGGUUCAUGACAAUCACGCAUCUCACCGGAGACGGGACACGGACUCCGACACACACUGCCAUAACCUCCAUAACACUACGAUUAACUCCACCGUCAGAGGUCCACAAAGUUAGAAUCAGUAUCCAUCUAUGGGUGAUGCUAUGCAUCGGGACUUCAUUAACUAGCAUUAAGAGUGUACUGUAGUUUGUAGCUUUUAAAUUGUACUCUACGUCUGUAGAGACAGAGUUAUUUUCUGAUAAGGUGUUUAGAUGUUACGUGAGCGAAAGAAAAAAGAAGCAGCUCCUCUCAGUCUUCACGUUAUAGCUCGUUAAGUGAAGCGUUUAUAGUCCUGUUCGUUAGCUCUAAUGAUGUAAACUUUUACACACACGUGCCUUAAAUCGGCCUGCGAGUUGCUUCCUUGCCGGCUUCAAACACAUUCUCUUAAAGAGAUACCUUGAUGUUGGACCUGCUCAGCUUCCCUUCGCUCUCUCGUAGGGCUGCUUCCACCCCUGAGAAAAAAUUGGCAUUUUAAUGUCGCUCAGAGUUCGUUAAGCUCAUAACGAGUGCGCGGACCCUCCUCUUCCACCUCACUGGUUUCCUUAUAAAACCCUCAGCAGCUACACGAUGGCGCCCUCAUCACUACCAGCCUUCACGUUAGAGCUCAUACACAAACCCGUAGCCCAAGCAUUCAGACUACCUCAGGUUCUUUUAUAGUUUCUCGCCUGCUUCAUAUGUUCAAGGGGAGUAUCCCAGCAUGCAUUAGGGUGGGAGGCAGUCCAUAAACGCACAUAGAUGGAUGCCAAGCAUGUGGUGUUAAACCAAGGCUCAUCAGACAUCAUUAAAACGCGUCUUCUCCCCAACUCCUACAAACUGGAUUUGUUAGGAACUAUUUUUAGUGGCAGAUUGAUCCAUAAAUAGGGGUGUUUAGGGCAGCGUGAUAUUGACACCUGCACUUUCUGAAACAUUAACUGAGGUGAGAUCAGAAAGUUCCAGCAAGCUGCUCCAGAGAUGAGCACCGGCUGUCCUCCAGCGUGCCGCAUCGAUUUUUCAGCUUGUUUUUAAUUUUUCAAAGUGGACAAACUUGAACGGAGGCAGAUCUGAGGGAGGGGUUCAGGACGCGAGCAAAGAUUGCGUAUCACCUGGUGCAGGUGAGGGAUAAAUUCACGGUUUACAACUUGAUGAAUGUGGAGAACAUGACAGACCUCACCUGCUGAGCCUCUCAGGAACUCUGGAGUCUUCGUCUGGUUCGUAGAGCGAACGCUCGCCAUCUGUGAUGGUCAGAGUACGACUCCAUAGCUCCAAGCUCUGGACCUCUCAGAGGAGAGGAUCUUUAAUGUGAAAUCAGACGAAUUCAAACCAGGUUUCCGGUCCUUUGACGACCAAUAUCUGGGACUUUCUGAUCACCUUGUCGCAGUUUCCUUUGGCUUGUUAGUUUGGCUUCUGUUUGAUUCAGUCGUGUUUAGGAAAAAGCUUCACCAAAGAGUGUAAAAUCGAUUCACUUCACCAUCAUCAUCAUCAUCCUGUCAUAUAAAGUGCCAACAUAAAACCCAACCCCCUAAAACCCAACAAACAUCAAGGUAUCCCUUUAAAGUCGCCUUUUCCUGUUUGUUUUCUGCCACAGACGUUGGUUCAGAUUUGCACACCUACUGUACACACUCGCUUUUCCUCGUUUCUUUUCUUCCUACCUGAGUAGUCGAAUCAACUACGACACCGAAAUUAAGUGGUGCUGUUUGCUUAGUUUUGUUGCCAUAUUAUUGUUGUUAUUAUUGUUGUUGUUGUUCUUUUCAUCGCCAUCAUGCAUCGAGAGGAAAAGUUCCUCGUAGCCGACCUAAUUUUCCUGAGAAUUUUAAGAAAGUAUAUUUUAAUUAAAAGAAACCGUGGCUUGUUUAUGAAAAUAUGUGCAGGAUUUUUUCCUCCUGAUUUAUUCGACUGUUGGCUUCAUGUGAGGCAAAUCGUUUGUGAAUGAGUACGUGAGUAGAGAUGUAUACACUCUGUCGGUCGUAGCUGGGCAGACGCACCAAAGUACUCGACCGGGACUUUUCCGUAACCUCUGUCGUAGUUUUAGGACUUCAGGAUUUUCUUCUUCACUUGUGGGGAAAAUGAGCAGUAACCAGGAGACGAUGGUGAAUACCGGUAAAUACUACAAGGUCAUAUUCCCCUUCAUGCAGUAACAACAGUGAGAACAGGGUAACUACUGUACAUAAUGGCUCUGCUUCUUCCUAUCAGCACACCUUUAUUUAUUGUAGGUGAGGCGCUUCAGAGGGAACGAGUUCAUACAACCUCCAAACAUUUCCAAAAACCGCAUGUACUCUCAGAUUUAUAGUCCUGCAGGCACAGUGUGUCUUUUCAGGCUUUACACUCGAUUUUACACAAGAAACGUGACAGAAGUGGUUGUGUGAAAGUUUUCCACCUGCAACUUUAGCUUUUGGCGAGCUGUACCGCUUACUUUAACUCACAGUUUAGGACUGGGGGACCCAUUCUGCUCAUUUCCAGUUCUUUAUUUUUAUUCUUGAACUCUACCAGAGCAGCUUUGCAUGACUCAAAAUAAUCCUUAUUUUUAUUAAACUGGGCCUUAACUUUAUCAUAUGUCUAAAACAAGCUGUUUUAGCUCCAGUGUCUUUAAGGAAACCCUCCCUAAAAGACUGCUUUCCUCUGACUGUCCAACUUCUGUAAGCCUCCUGAGGGGCAGCAGCCAGUAAAGCCUACAGUAGAGUUGCAUGUAUGCAGAUGACUUGACUGUUUACCCCUUAAAAGCAUCCCAGGAGUAACCCAUGAAGAUGAGGUCACAUUUCAAAACAAAUAAAAUGACUGGGUUUGCAUCAAAUGUUAGCGAGGGUGGUCUCUUGGAAGAACCCCGAAGCUAUUUCAAUGAUUUUCAAUCCACGUCUUUAUCGCUUAAUACUGAGGUGCCAAAACUUGUCACUAAGGGUACCUUCGCUGCCAAAAAGCAGGUGUUUUAAGUGCAGUUAACUUCACAAAACUUUCUUCUUCUUCACAAAAUCACUUUACUCACCGUUAUAUCAUCCUGACCUUUGAAUCGACUCGUCUUCCUCUGUCGUAGGACCUCGUUCACUUUGAUUCACCUCAGCUUCUCACUGGGCGCCUCCCAGUCAAACCAUAACUCCACUGGACCAGUUUUCUCUUUAAUCUCUUAAAUCUGUUUUUAUUUUUAGCUGACUUUAUUGUAUGUUGACGAGGCAAGGUCAGGUGAAGCUCUUCUAGUUUAGAGCUGGAGAAUCAGGUGAAACCAGUGUGAGAGGAGGUUUUUUUCUGGUUAUUUAAACUGAGUUUGUUAAAGUUUCUUUAGAUAUAAUUUCAGUCUUUUUUUCUUUUCCCAUUUGAUCUUAAAUUUUCCGAUGUUUACAUUUUGUUAUGCAUGUUCAGCAGAUCUUAUAUCCAGUGUUUUGCACACUACUCCAGCAUCAAGACUCAAACGGCACCGCUCAUUUCUGUAAAGUUCUUCAAAUUUAAGUGCCUGAUACUUUGGAUUGGAGUUGAUACUUGCAGGCGAAUGAGCUCAUUAGCCUUCACAACAUUGACUUGAACAACGGCUCCUGCAGUCGGAUGACAUUUCUUUGACCUGUUGGGUGAAAUGAGGUAAAGCCACGGUGUUGGAGGCGACAGCAGGACGCUCGCUCAGCUCCGUCUGUUGGAGCAAACUGGACCUAACGAGGACACCGAGUAGCCGGAUGGACAUUCAUGAAGACAAAUGAUCAAAUCUUAUUUAAAAGGUGCUGCACGCCACAUUUUAACGUCUGAAGUUGCUGCAUCAAUGUGACUGUUAAAAAGAGAGAAACCUUUUCUCUGGCUUCUAUAUCAAUGUCAAACAAUUAACUACAGAAUGUCAGAUGCUCCUAAAGAUGACUAUUUUAAUCAAUCAAGUAUUUUUUAAUAAACUAUUGAAUGUUUGGCCUAAUAAAAUGCCAAGUGUUUCAAAAUAAUAUUGUAAAAUUUUUAAACUGAGUAAGAAUUAAGCAGAUUUAAAAAACUGGGACGUUGUUGUUUCUACUUAUGUGAUUUUCUUUAUUUCUUGCUGCACAUCUCCCCCAGGAGAAGAUCAAAGUUUCAAAUGUUGGACUCUGUCUACGUUCAAGUCCUCCUGGCUCUGUAUGACAUCACAGUGAGGGGAUUUCCCUUGUACGGUCCUCUUUGGCAGAGAAAUUAAAUGUUUCCAGGUGUUAAAAAUGCUGCUUGUGGCACCUUUAAAAACUCUUGGAUGUUACACACUGACGAAUGUCUCACUCACAUCUGCCUGUGAUCUCAUUUUUAAAUCACCUGACACGUUUGUUUGUUUGUUUUUUUUCAUGAUUUCUGUCCCGUUUCGUUUUUGUUUGUUUUUUCAAUGGAAAGGAA